CCUAAUCGCAGUGAGGUCCUGCCAAACACCAUUUCUCUCACUCCCUCUCUCUCUCUAAAUACAUAGUACUAUUAAACACCCCAUGUGAAAAUCCACACAAAACCGACCUCGCCAAAUGCAAUAAAUCACUCUGUUUUUUUGUCGAGUGUUUUUCCAAUUCAAGAGAUGUCUUUCCCGGAGUCGAAUAAUCCGGGUCAGGACCCGUUUAAAGCUCUGACACUCAUCAUACCCAAAGACAAGACCCGCGACGCUCUCACCACAUCCUUGAAGCCGGCGAUGGCCACAAUCGUAAUCCUCUCCAUCUCCCUCGCCGCAUUCUCCGCCAUCUACAGCCCGACCCAACCCGAUUUCUUCACCUGGCCCGAACCCGACCGACCCGACACGGCCCUCUUCGACUCCGACAAUUCCCCCACCAACGUCAGCCACCUCGCCUUCGGCAUCGGCGGCUCCACCGCCACCUGGCCGAGCCGCGCGCGCUACUCCGACCUCUGGUGGGAAGCCGAUGCCACGCGCGGAUACGUCUUUCUGGAGAAGGACCCGAGCGGGUCCGGGUCGACCCAACACGGAAUUGAGCACCCUGGUCUCGUCGGAGUGGCGGCGGUUCCGGCGGACGGCGGGGUCGGAGGCGGCGGUGAGGAUAGCACGGGUCGGGUCGGAUCUGUUCCGGGUUGGGUUGCCUGGGGUGAGGUGGUUCGUGAUGGGGGACGACGACACAGUGUUCUUCCCGGAGAAUCUGGCGGCGGUGCUGGGGAGGCACAAUCACCUGCGGAUAGUGUACGUGGGCGGAAACUCCGAGAGCGUAGAGCAGGAUGUGAUGCAUGCGUACGGCAUGGCGUUCGGCGGCGGGGGUUUCGCCGUGAGCUACCCGCUCGCGGCGGAGCUCGCCGCGGCUAUGGACGGAUGCCUCAACCGCCACCACUACAUCUACGGGUCGGAUCAGCGGGUUUGGGCCUGCAUCGGCGAACUCGGAGUCGGCCUCACCCUCGAACCGGGUUUUCACCAGAAUGUUGGUGGUGUCUCUACCUUACCAAGACACGUGGCUGAAUUGUAAAGGCUGUAACCUGCCACGUAUAUUCUCUUUCUUUAACUGGCCGGCUUUUACGGCUGGCCUUAGACAUGCC